UGCCGUACUGGUUGUGGUCGAAGCAGAGGAAGCUGGGAAAGGAUCAAGGAAACCUCUAGCAUCGUAGAUAAACACCGUAAAGAGGUGUGAAGCCAGCGGGCACACGGCUGUCACAGUACUAAAAGAACAGUAAAAGAGUCCGACUGAGUCCUCCAUACAGCGAGGGUCAACAUGUCUGAGACAUACGACUUCCUGUUUAAGUUCCUGGUGAUUGGCAGUGCUGGGACGGGGAAAUCCUGUCUCCUCCACCAGUUCAUUGAGAACAAGUUUAAACAGGACUCCAACCACACCAUCGGUGUGGAGUUUGGGUCUAGAGUGGUCAACGUUGGAGGAAAGACAGUCAAACUGCAGAUCUGGGAUACUGCUGGGCAGGAGCGAUUUCGCUCUGUUACACGCAGCUACUACAGAGGAGCAGCUGGAGCACUUCUUGUCUACGAUAUUACCAGUCGAGAGACAUACAAUGCCCUGACUAACUGGCUGACAGAUGCACGGACACUGGCGAGUCCCAACAUUGUUAUUAUCCUAUGUGGCAACAAGAAAGACCUGGAUGCAGACAGAGAGGUGACCUUCCUUGAAGCUUCACGCUUCGCUCAGGAGAAUGAGCUGAUGUUUCUAGAGACAAGCGCGCUAACAGGUGAAAAUGUCGAGGAGGGUUUCUUGAAGUGCGCUCGCACCAUUCUCAACAAGAUAGAUUCAGGCGAGUUGGACCCAGAGAGGAUGGGUUCAGGUAUUCAGUAUGGAGAUGCUUCGUUGAGGCAGCUGCGACAGCCCAGAGGCACCACAACACAGAAUAAGCAGCAGUGUAAUUGCUAGGGGUCGGGACCCACCCUCACCCCAGCCCACAGGUCCACACAGACAGAACUCCCCCUACAGGUGUUUUUUGGUGUGUGAUCGUCCUUCCCCCUCUCCUUCAGUUCCACACACCUUGGAUCACCUUGGGUCGUGGAGAUCACUGCAACCUAUGACCCUUGACCUCUGGUAAGAGUCUCUACGGCUUACCUGAGUGGGUCGGUUUUGCCCUUGCGUUUGGACAGCAUAACCCCUUGGUGUGAGCAAAGUGGAAAUGUAAAAAGACAUCCUCCACCAUGGUCUCUGUUACUUACCAGACAAGGACAAAGUCAAGGGUUGUGUGUUUGGGCUGCCCUACUGUUGUGUGGUGUUCUCUCUCUUUUUUUUUUUUUUUUUUUUUUUUCCCCCCUCUCUUGCUCUUUGCUUUUUCAUUCUGGUUUUAGCAAUCCCAGAAAUACUUUCAGCGUAAACAUAUCAUUGCUUGUAAAUUAUUAUUGUUAAACUCUUUUGUGCAUUCAACCUGUCCCUGUGUGGGUCAUUAGUUGUUUUUUUUUCUUCCUAGUUUUAGCAUUCAUAAAGACAUCCCUUACUGUUUUUUUUUUUUUGUUUGUUUGUUUGUUUUUUAAAUCAUGCAUCAUUAACUAUACUUCUCAUAAAUUAUCAGUAAUGGAAAACAAAUGAUAAACAUCACAUAUUUUGGGGUACAAUUUACACUAGGUGUGAUGCAAAUCCUUUCAACUUUGUCCUGUUAUUUUAAUUUUUUGUAAUACUACUUAUUUAAAGUGAAUGUUGAAUCUUGGCUGACCUUGAGUUUUCAAGCCAGUAUAGUGUUUGAGUCCUAAAUUAAAAACUUUUGGGUUGCACUGUAGAGUGUUGGCCUUUGUAGUAGACCAGAUGGGGGAAUGAUCCUAUCACUUUGUUCUACACCCAAAUAGGCAAGCCUGUGGGUCAGGUUGAAAGCACAAAAAGAACUUUUGGUCUUUAUUUAAACCAAAAGUCCACCAGUCUGUAAAUUGAGCUUUAUCAGAUUCACACCAUGUUUAAAUUCACAUGUCCAGUUAUAGUGAUAAAUUGGCAUUAUAAUGUUUUUGACUCCUGCUGGGCUUUUCUCCAUGACAUCUCUUAGAUUCAUACAUGCACAUACUGUAUAAGACGUCACAGGAAACCACAGUUGGCUUUUGCUUGUUUUCUUUGGGAAACUUUGGUGCCGCCCAACCAGCCCCGUCAUUGAGGUUUGACCUCAAAAAUCAUGCCAGGUUGUACGUUCACUUCUACAGGAUUCUGUUUUUAACCUUCCAAGUAAUCACUUCUCUUUAAGCUCUGGAUAUCAGAGGGGGGAAAAAGACAACACAGUUAUUAUUAGACCAUGUACUCCCAAAUCAUCUUCAUUGUGAUCUGGCAUUGAUUGUACAAGUGGAGCUGUAUUGGACGGAUAGAUACUUCCUCAUUUAACAUCUUAACAUGCUAGUCAAAAUCUUCCAUAUGUGCUCGUUUGAGCUGUGGUAUAUGAUUUGUAUUAUUUUAUUUUUUUAUAGUCGGAACAAUAAUCCCAGGUGCUCUAUUGAUAGGGCCAUUCUCACCCUAGAAAACACCACCCCCAUCAAUUUUCUGCCUAAGAUGAAGUUGUUGUUUUUUUGUUUGUUUGUUUUUUUUGGCUAUCGGUGACCCUGACCUUCUAAAAGGAAAAGUGGAACUGAUCCAUGCCAGCAAAGUGGCCCUCUCAGUAUAACUGAGACACCACAUCUCCUCAAUGUAUGGGUCAAAUUCCAGGUUUUUCCCUUUAAUAUCUCCCUCUGCAGCUCUGCUGCAAAAUGUCAGUUUUGUUGCACCACUGAACUGACCCAGAUGUUUUCUCUUUAGAACAGACCUUGUAUUACUCUAGAGAGAAACAGGGGAAUUUCCACAGAAACACAGUUUCCUCUCUGCUUGUAACACUGACAACAUGGUUUGUGGUGCUGCUGGAGGAAAAUGAGGUUGCAAGUUAAUGGCUUAGAAAAUCCAAAGCCCCUGCUCUGCUGUUUAAUCAAAGGCACCGCUUCUGUCUGAAUCACUGUCUGAGAGCAGGUCAUACAAACCAAGCCAAGAGGAGCUCAAAAACAAAGUGUGCGCAAACGUAUUUCUCAAGCUUCUGUGUUGGCAUAUGUUCUCCCAGACAAACCAUAUGUGUUUAAGCUCAACUGAGCCAGCACACUGAAAGGGCAAACAUGAGAUCAUAUAGGACAUCAAGAGACAGAUGGUCAAAACGCGUCGCUUUCAUAAAAUAUUUGCAUAGCAUGAUAGUUUGUCUCCUUCUGCAAGUGCACUUUUACUUUUGAAUCUGUGUUUGUUUUGUUUAUAUGCUGUAACUAUAGAAUUGUACAUUUUAUUUUACUUGAACUGUAUAAUGUAAUAAAUAUAUUAAUUUUAGAUGUUAUCUUUUUUUUCUUUUUACUAAAUGACAACUGAGAUUCUUCAUAUGGUUUCAUUUUUUUCUGAUGCUGUCAGGCAGCAACAAAAAAUGGCGUAAUAGUUUGAUCUCAUGCUGUGUGAGAUUUGAUUGGUUUAUUGCUCCCUGCUGACGUGGAGGUAAUGAUGGAAGGGUGUUGACUUUGUGAGCUGUAGGUGGCCAUCAGCAGCAAUUCUGAUCACUCGUUCACAGGCUGUCAUCUAUGCCCAGUUACUGAGUCAACUGUUGAAUUGUUAGCUUGCAUUCAUCUGUAUGUAUUCGCUGUACAGUUCAUAAAGAUAAUCAGAAUAGCUAUAUGAACAUUAUUUUCUCAUUUGUUCCAGUAUAGACUCAAUAAUGUGAUGAACGCAAUCCAACUCAGUUGUUGCUUAGUAAUGUUAUAUAAUCUAACCUAAAUACUACUGUACAUCUCAAGUAACCUAUCCUGUAAAUAAGAUUUGUCUAUUGUCUAUUAAGGGUGAGUGUUGCUCAUUGAUUGUAAUGAUUAUGCAAUUCCCAGUAAACUGCUUGUUUUUCAUUUAACUCUUUUCACUGGCUUCCUGAUUGUUACUGCUAUCAGGGUUUUUCUUUUUGGCAUUAAGCCACUGUAUGCACUCGGUUAUUGCUCAAGGGCGUUGAAGUGCAUCGGAUCCUGAAUGUUGGUAACCCCACCCCUCGUGCACAGCAACGCAAGCAGCAUUUACAAAUCAGAUUUAUAGCUAGCUGACUUAACAGACCUUGAAAUUUAACAAUGGGUCCUACUAGGUACAUGAUUCAUUUACCUUUGCCUGCCAUUCUUCUGUCAAGUCAUUUCUCUCAAAGGCAGUCAGGUUGGGGUUAGGAUAUCAGAGGACUCAUAUGAUGAAGAGUAAAUGCCCUCUGUCACAAUUGUCUGGAUUUAUGCUGUUGGGUCGAUGGAGUAAUGGCCAGAGCGGUUUAAUGUAGCUCAAGUGGAUAUAUUGAAUGAUUUAUUGAUUUUUAGACAGGCUAUCAAGAUGACCUCAUAACCACAUUGCAAAUUCACCGAGGGAAAGGAUUGGUUUACCGCUAGAUGGCGCUGACGCAUUAGAGGUUUAAAUCUGAAUUUUAAAGACUUGUUUUUACAUGUUUCGUCAGUAGCUUUCAGUGUUGUUUUAUAUGAAAUCAGCCCAACAGUUUUAACAGUGUAGCAUGACUACACGUUUUAAGACAUCAGGAAAAAGUCAAGAUCUACACCUAAUAAAAUCCCCUCUUCCCAGAAUAUUAGGUCAGAUACUGAAACCUUUGCAUUACUUCAUCUGUUUAUUAUUUACACAAAGAGGGAGAUACUGGCAUAAGUGAACGGGAGACAGUACUACACUCAUCACUUUCAUCAACAAACUCACAGGUGGACAAGAAGGGAAGCAGUACAUAUUUCACUAAUUUAAAAAAAAAAAAAAAAUUCAAAACUUGAAUACAUGAAAUCAACUUUGAGACCUGUGAAUAGAUAUGGUUAAAAUUAGAUUAUGACCAUGUCAAAGAUUUAGGCUGAGCAAAGGGAUGUGAGUAAAAGCUUUUUUUCUGACUAAGAGGAUUUUAAGUGGAAUUUAAAAUUCAACUCAUUUUAUGCAAUGCCAAAGGAAUGUAUGGAAAUACUGUGAGCAGGAACUACUUGUGUUCACAAUAUUCAACACAGGCUACACUGUAUGUACACACCGUACAAAGCAAUUUUCACAUUACUGAUUUAUGUAAAAUAUACCUUCUGUAUCUAGGGAUAGUUAAGUGUUCUUAAGAGUAACCAACCAGCACCAUUUGAUGUAACGAGCUGCAUUAAAUGAUGAAGAUCAUUUCAAAAGCAACAGAAAUCAUCACAACAUACCAGUGUGCAACCAUUGGAUGUAACAUGACCUAUACUAUUGACCACCAUCAACCAUGAGGACGUCUGGACAGCACAGGUUGCCAUAACAAACUGUCAGAACGGCACUCGUUCUAAGCACACUCCAUUCAAUUGAACUAGCUGUGCUGGGUCAACUGGUCUGAAGAGGUUUCUAUUUGUAGUUUGCCUAUACUCCAAUCCAGAUAUAAAUUGCACAGCAGCCAUGAUGAAUAUCCUAAAACUUCCAAGAUCCUGCAUAACAUUACUUAUAGAAAAGGCUGCGAGGCAAUCAUAAGUUCUCAAUGCACACGGGUCAUUAUAGGCAGUCUCUAUGGUGCUUGUUAGUCACAGUAGUGCCAUUAAAUAAAUGUUUAGGUUAAUGAGAGGUGGACAUAAGGAGGGCAGAAGAGAGCAGCGUGACACUUGUUUCCACACUGCACAGAGAUAAAUGCAAUUACUUUGUCGUUACUACAGGAAUAAUUCAUUUCUGUGGCCACUGGCUUGUGGAAGAAGAAAAACAGAAUAUAGCUGAGUGUAACUAAGGCAGUAUAUGAAAUGUUAACAUGUUGAAAUGUGCUGUAUAGCCUUCAAGACAUCCUGACCAGUAAGACGGGUGCAGAAUAUUGCAACAUAUAGACUUGUGACAAAAGAUUAAUUGGACUCAUAUCCAUAUGUAAACAAUAUUAAUCUUCUUUACUAAACACCCCCUCCCCCUUUUUCCCUUGAAGUCCCAGUAAAUGUUGGCUCUGCAGAGACA